AUGCUUCCAAACGGUCUUUGCAAGGCAGAGAACAAAGACAGUGAGAUGGUGUCUGCAGAAGUGCAGGGAGGACCCGACCAUGAGGAGCGCGAGGCCCAAUCACCAACCGGAAGCAAAGGAACGCACCAAAGGUUUGGGGCUGAACGGGGCGAUGCCGUAUCCUUGCCACCAGAUCCACUGGAGCCGGCACGAGGCGAAGCACCUCUGCGGGACGUGUGGCGCGAAGGCGACGAAGCACCUCAGCAGGAAGAUGACAGAGCUUUGCUGUGCCGGUCUGGCUGGAAAGGCGAUGCCGUACGCGCUCGUAGCCAUGCAGCAGAAGAUGGGCACGGCGCCAGGCGAGAGCAGGAGGUGCACCAAGAAGCGGAGGCCGAGAACCAGGCAAGGAGGAGGAGGAGGAGGAGGACCUCGACCAUGAGGGACCAAGACAAGGGCCACAUGAUCAAAGGAACCUGA